AAAAUUGUCAUUGUUACAUUAUUAUUAUGUACCUGGUGACGUAUUUAGUCACGCACAAAACGCAAAGGCUAUUCGAUGGAGCUCUCCUCGGCAAAUGUUACCACGCUGCUCUUGCCGACGUCGACGGCGAUUCCAAUCAACACACUGAGCGUUAACGAAACUCUAUUUUAUAUCGGAUUGGCCGUGAUCGGCAUAGUCGGCAACCUGCUGGAGCUGUUCAUACUGUACCGGACCCGAUCGAGCAGCAACCAGAAACACGUCUUCAUGUUGCGAUGUAUGGCUACCAACGAUUUGAUCAUGGUCGUCGCUUUGUUGGUCCAAGUAUGUGUGAACUUCAAAAGGCCGGACUACAUGAGGAACCAUGUGUGGUCGUGUCGGCUUCGCGUCGUGUGGCGGUUCUUCAUGUUGUACUCGGGGUGUUUGGCCAUGGUGAUGGCCAUCGAACGCUGGGUAGCGCUCACCAAGCCGUUUUUUUUUUACCAAAAUAAUAUCAGUCUUCGUCAACUUAAACUAAUGGUGGUCAUACUUUGGUUUGGAGAAUUUUGUUUAGUAUGUGCCCCAAUCUUUGGAUUUGGUCUGUAUUGGGAUGAAAAAUUGUCGUUAUGUGUGCGUUACCGGUAUGCCAAAAAGCCUUUGGACGUACUAUACGCUUACUUAUAUUUCUGUCAUGGAGUAUUUUUAUGUUCUACAAUAGCUUACACGAACUUGGCCGUUAUGAAAGCUCUAUGUAUGAAGGAUAGCCUUCAAAAUACGCACAACGGGACAAUGAGACGUUCCAACCGAGAAUCGUCAUUGACUUUCAACACGAUAACGAAAGAAGAAAGAUCGUUUGGAAGGCUCAUGUUUUUGCUGUGUGUCGCGUUUGUUACAUGUUGGGUCCCGCAAAUGAUAUCGAUACCGUUGACCAGAUUUGUCGAGGACGAGUCGAGGGUUCUGCCGUUCACCAUCGCCGGGGACAUACUUCUGGCUAUACACUUCCCGCUGGAUCCAUUUUUAUACGUUCUGCAGCAAUGGACAUUAGUAAAAUCAGUAUGCUUUAGUGAGUUAAGACCGAAGAACAAAGAAAAUGCAAACGACGGUAGAAUUUCCAUGAGAACAACAGACGAAGUGUUCUCGCAGCAGCAGUUCUGAUUGCAAUAUGCGACAAUCUAACCUAAUGUUAAAUAAGAUAAAAAAAAGUUUAUAUAGGUUUUUAAUCUGUUAUUAAAUAAUUUUAAUGUGCUAAAACGAUUAGAAUUUAAAAAAUCUUAUUUUUCUUUAGUUCAA